AUUGAACAUCACGACGUUAGCAACUUGCAUAUAAUUGGUUGUGAUGGUUUAGUGAGUGCGAUGCAAUAUCAUCCACCUAUCUUAUUUUUCAAGCAUAUGAUUUCUAUCUCUUUUUCCAUAUUACAUUUGUCAUUAUCUUAACCACUUUUUCUCUUCUUUUCAUUCUUAUUAUCUUUUUUGAUCAUCUUCAUUCUUAUCAUCUAAGCAACUACGUUUUAGUUUUAGAUCUAAGCUCUAUAUUUCCAAGCCAUGGAGCAAAAGGUUGCCAUAAUGAAGCUCAAGGUUGAUCUUCAAUGUAGAAAAUGCUGCAAGAAAGUCAAGAAGGUCCUUUGCAAAUACCCACAAAUUCGAGAUCAAUUAUAUGAUGAGAAAAAUGGCAUAGUAACCAUAAGAGUGGUGUGUUGUAGCCCAGAGAAGGUAAGAGACAAUAUUUGUUGUCAAGGAGGUGGUACAAUCAAGAGCAUAGAAAUUGUGCAACCACCAAAGCCUAAAGAGCCAGAGAAAAAGCCCGAGGCCGAGGUAAAGCCCAAAGCCCAACCAGGCCCACCUAUUGAUGCUCAACCAAAACAACAAAAACCCGCUCCAGCACCGGCUCCCGCCCCAGCUCCUGCUCCAGCUCCAGCACCAGCUCCUACUGCAGCUGCGCCAGCUGUAAUAUUUCCACAUACGACACCAAUGUCCAUUCUUUCAUAUCCUUCACCGAUUGUUCCUUAUGGGUAUGUUUAUGGGCCUGGACAUAGUGGGCCUGCAGAAGUUUACGGGAGGCCCAUAUACGAUAGCUAUGGAUGGAAUGGGCCUUGUUAUGCGGGCCAUCACCACCAUGAAUACAUGCACGAAGAAGAGGCGCCGGGGUGUACAAUAAGUUGAAGGGUUAUUGGGUUGAAUAUGAUAAUUAUUAAGGCUGAGAGAUACUUAUAUAAAUAACUUUACAAUUUUAUAUUUUGAAUUUUGUGAAAUAAAUGUUGAAACUUAAAGUUGUAAUAUAUGGUCUACCAAAAUAUAAAGCCGUGUUUAUAGUAUAGAUCAAUAUGAGUUUAAUAAACUUUUGUUUUUUAA